GCGCAGCUUUGUGUGCGCGACGAGAACUGCGGCUCUUUCCUGAUGCCUACUUCAAGUCCACAGUUAUGUCGUACAUCAGAGUGUCUAAUCGCCAAUGAACAUGAACGCAGCGGGGCUCGAAACAAACAAUCUGCUGUUUGUCUUGCUGCUUCCUAUCCCAUCAUCACAGAAGUGAUGAGCACAAGUAAAACAUAAAAAUAAUGCACAUGUUUGUUUGCUUUUUUCUAUGACUUUGUUAAUUUAAAAGUCUAUUUUCCCGAUCGUACCUGAAGCCAUCACCAACUCCUGAUUCCUGUCCUCAACAAUGAAGAACUUUUACCCUCCGAGUUUCCACUGAAGCGACAAGGACGUGUGGGAUGCUUGGGACGGGAUGAGGUGAAAGUCAGAUGUAACGCCAAACAUGUGAAGAAGGAAGGAAUCGCGACAAAACAGUGUUUCCUUUUUACGUGAUAUGGAAAAAAUGGCGAAUUCAAGUUCUUCUCAUGUGUUUCCUUCCUUGACCCCGGCUCUGGCUCACCGCGCAGAGGUCCUGGAAAAUCCGCUUCAGACUUAUCUCCUGGGAAUCAUCAUCUCCAUAUGUGGGAAUGUCCUCAUCAGCAUCUCGCUCAACAUACAGAAAUAUGCCCAUGUACGUCAGGCACAGCGUGGAUCCAAACCCUACUACACAUCCGCCAUGUGGUGGUGCGGAGUGGUUCUCAUGGGUGUUGGGGAACUGGGAAACUUUGCUGCCUAUGGCUUUGCUCCAGCAUCUCUCAUAGCCCCACUGGGCUGUGUGUCUGUUAUAGCCAGUGCUAUCAUAUCUGUGGUUUUUCUCAAGGAGACGCUGUGUGCCUCUGACAUCGUUGGUGGUACCUUGGCAAUAACAGGAACGUACGUCCUGGUGACCUUUGCCCCCCACACCUCCACACACAUCACAGCCCAUCUGGUCCAGUACUACGCCAUCAGCUGGCACUUCCUGCUUUACCUGUUUAUAGAGAUCGUCAUCUUUUGCCUUCUGCUUUAUCUGUACAAGAGGAGGAACAUGAAGCAUAUUGUCAUUGUGAUGCUGCUGGUGGCCCUGCUCGCCUCUCUGACAGUGAUCUCAGUCAAAGCCGUGUCAGGGAUGAUCACAGAGUCGAUAAAAGGCCAGCUGCAGCUCAUCUAUCCCAUCUUCUACGUCAUGUUUGUUGUCAUGGUUGCUUCUUGCGCCUUCCAGAUCAAAUUUCUCAAUCAGGCGAUGAAAAUGUUUGAUGCCACAGAGGUGGUUCCUAUCAACUUUGUGUUUUUCACUGCAAGUGCCAUCCUUGCAGGGAUUGUAUUCUAUCAGGAAUUUGAAGGCUUGGCUUUGCUGAACAUCGGUAUGUUCCUGUUUGGUUGUCUUCUGUCCUUUGUUGGAGUUUUCCUGAUAGCCCGAAACAGGCCAAAGAUAAAGCAGCAAGAUCGCAAUUUUAUUGCAAUGAAUAAAAUUCCUGGGAGAAGGCACACAGACAAAGUUCAGCCUGAGGCAAAGACUACAACAUACGGAUCACUGGCAGCCAAGCUUAUGUGCAACAGAUCGGGCCAAACAGACGAUUCAUAGGCCCAGCUCCAUCUGUUGAGACUGUCAUUUUGAUGCGUUUGUGUGUGCGUCUCUCUUCUUGGUUCAUUUAAAAUGUGUUUAUAGAGAGAAAUGAUGGCCAUCAGUUAAAACCAGUGCCAGCCGAGCAUCAGAACUGGUGGCCAUAUUGAUUUUACAUUUUAUGUUCAAACUAUUGAGUACCUCUCAUUAGGUAAAAUAUCCAUUUGUGUCUUAGCAUCAUUUCCCACACAGGUAUCAGAAAUACCUCAAGAGGAGUCACUCCAACAUAAGGAAACACCUCAGGAUGAAAGGUCAAUAUUAGAUUGUUCACAAGCAACAAUUUUUAAUUGUGAGGAGAGUAAUAGUUGAACAAAAAGGUCCAGGAGGGCACUCUGACCGAGCCUAUCAAUAUAACAUAAGGUUAUAUGUCAAUGAGCUGAAUAAACCGCUCUGUGUGUUGUGUGUAAAUAAAUAAAGGACAAAAAAA